AUGGCCUUGCCAUCCGAUGUGAAAGAGUCCUACGUCAGGAUCAUCGAUGAGAUCUUGGCCGGUAGCGACCUGAACACAGUCUCCGAGAAGCGAAUUCGCAGAGGCCUACAGGAUGCCACCGGGAACGAUCUUACGCCGUACAAGGCCGAAAUCAAAGAAUUGAUCAUGCAGCGAUUUGAUAUCUUUGCAGACCUGGCAGAAUCGGGUGCAGAUAUGACUGCGGCUGUCGCUACGGGACCAGCCGUCCCUGUCACUUCCGUCUCGGCGGGGCCGUCCAGCAGGAAACGGAGCCCGGACGCGGAAAGUCCCUCGGAAGGGACCGAAAGAUAUCCGCCGCAAAAGAAAAGGAAGUCUGACCUCAUUGACGCCGACGCCGCGUUUGCCGCAAAAUUGCAAGCGGAAGAGAACUCGCGAGCACGACCAACCCGAGCCGCGAAGAAAGCCGCGCCGUCCAAGAAGAAAAAGCCCGCAGCCAAAUCCAAAACGUCGAAAAAGGUCAAGGCGUCAGACGACUCUGAGCUUGAGGGCUCGGGGUCCGAAAAGAAAAAGGAAGUCAAUAGAAGUGGAGGGUUUCAUAAACCGCUUAAUCUAUCACCUGCGCUUUCUGCCCUUUUUGACGGUGAGAUCUCUCUCUCUCGACCACAGUCGGUAAAGAGAAUAUGGCAGUAUAUCCACGACCAUGGUCUGCAGGAUCCUUCCGAUCGUCGUCAAAUCAGGUGUGAUGAGCGCAUGCGUGCUGUUUUCAAGCAAGAUCGCGUGCAUAUGUUUACUAUGACGAAAAUCCUCAACCAGAACCUUUACAAUCCUGAUGAAUAA